UCGUCGGCGAAGGCGGAGGCGAUGGCGAUGCCGCCGCCGCUGCUGCUGCUGGGGCUGGCGCGGAUGACGGCGACGGCGGCGGGGCCGCUGACCCCGAGGCGCGCGGCGUUCGACGGCUCCCUCCGCCGGCUGCGGCUGCUCGCGUGGACGGAGCCGAGGCGCCACCUGGCGGGCUACGUGCGGCAGGUCAGGCUCGUCCAGGAGCUCAAGGAGAAUGACACCAAAUGCAGGCAGGCGAUGGACUCCGGUCUCUACCUCCUCUUCCACCGCCUCGCCCCCUUUGUCCAGCGCCACAACUCGGGCUACAGGGCCACCUGGCUGCCCGCUGCAGAGGCGCUGAGGGUGCUGGAUGUUGGGGGGCAGCCCCCCGAGAGGCUUCACGAUGCUGUGCUGCUGGACUGCACCCCAGAUCUCACUCCGCGGUUCGCUCUGGACACCGCGUCUUGUGCGAACAAGGGUGCCCUGGAGGCUGCAUUGGAUGGAUCCUUCAUGAAGAUGCGGAGCGCUUUCUUCCUUCUGUCUGGGAAGGAUGCACACAUGUUGUCCAAGGGCCAGGCGCUCCUGCGGUGGCACGGGGAUCAUCGGUUCAGCGGGCGUUCAGGCCGGCUCAGCCUGCGGGACGCGUCGGGCAGCAAGCGCACCUGUCCCGACACGGGCCACGUGCAGUACCCACAGAUGGCGCCUGUAGUGAUCGUUUUGGUGGUGGAUGGCGAUCGAUGUCUCCUGGCCCGCAAGGACAUCCACCCGCCUGGCAUGUACAGCACCAUCGCAGGCUUCUGUGACAUUGGCGAGAACGUGGACAUGGCGGUGAGGAGGGAGGUGGCCGAGGAGGUGGGCGUGACGGUGUCCUCCCUGAACUUCGUCUUCUCCCAGCACUGGCCGUUCCCCAGCAGCUCACUGAUGCUGGCGUGCCACGCCGUGGCCGAGGAGGGCCACACGGAGCAGAUCUCUGUGGACACCACAGAGCUGGAGGACGCGCGCUGGUUCUCGCGCGACGAGGUACACAGCGCGUUCUCGCGACCCGUCCCGCCGGAGGUGCUGCGUGGCUGGGCAGUGUCGUCGCCGGAGGAAUCGUCUCAGGCGGCCCGGGGCGACGUCCCCUUUUGGGUGCCGCCAAAGUGGACGGUCGCCCACUGGCUCAUCCGCGAGUGGAUCCAGGUGCCCAAGCUGGGAUUAAUGUCUCAGUGAAUAUAUCCCGGGUCGUUGGUUGCCAAGCGUGGACACUUACUACAGAGUACAGAAGAAAGAACACUGUUAUUUGCGAGGCGAUGCCUUGGAAAAUCAAACUUAACUUUAAAUUUCACCAGGCAAGGCCCACUGAGCUAUAUAGCUCUUUUGCAGAUAGGACCUGGCCACAAAUAUAUGGACAUCUGUGAACAUCUAUGAAAAAGAUCUUCAUAGCUAAUUAGAUUCCUCCAGUAUAAAG